CCCUUAUUCAUUCCUCAGACUAAUAAUAAAAGGACCAAGACCUAAAGCAGCUUCUUUGGCUAUUCACACAGCCCUCUUUUCUCUCUGUUUUGACACACACCACCAAUGGCCGCCACCUUCUCCACCGCCGUCAGUAAAUCUCAUCUUUCACCGGCGUUUGACAAACCCUUUUGUUCCCCUUCUCAAAAGCUCUUAUCUUUAGCCUCUAAAACCCUCCCUAAACCCUACCACCACCACCACCACCACCCUAGAAUCACCGCCUCCAAAAACCCCUUAACCGACAUCGUUUCAUCUUCCAAACCCGACCCGAAUACUUCUUUCAAUUCCUAUUUCGAUGAUGACGAUAAACCCCGUGAAGAAUGUGGUGUUGUUGGUAUCUAUGGCGACUCUGAAGCUUCUAGACUCUGCUAUUUAGCCCUCCACGCGCUUCAACACCGUGGUCAAGAAGGCGCUGGCAUUGUUUGCGUGAACGACAACGUUUUGAAGUCGAUUACUGGUGUUGGGUUGGUUUCUGACGUGUUUAACGAGUCUAAACUUGACCAGCUUCCAGGUGAUUUGGCGAUUGGACAUGUAAGGUAUUCUACUGCUGGUGCUUCUAUGUUAAAAAAUGUUCAACCUUUUGUUGCUAGUUAUAGAUUUGGUUCUGUUGGUGUUGCUCAUAAUGGCAAUUUAGUAAAUUAUAAACAACUUAGGGGUGAAUUAGAGGAGAAUGGUUCUAUUUUUAAUACUAGUAGUGAUACUGAGGUGGUUUUACAUCUUAUUGCUAUAUCAAAGGCAAGGCCUUUUUUGUUAAGGAUUGUUGAAGCUUGUGAAAAGAUUGAAGGUGCUUAUUCUAUGGUGUUUGCUACUGAGGAUAAGGUAGUUGCUGUUAGGGAUCCUUAUGGUUUUAGGCCAUUAGUUAUGGGUAGGAGGAGUAAUGGUGCUGUUGUUUUUGCGUCGGAAACGUGUGCUUUGGAUCUGAUUGAGGCUGCUUAUGAAAGGGAAGUUCUUCCUGGUGAAGUAGUUGUGGUUGAUAAAGAAGGGGUUCAAUCUAUUUGUUUGAUGCCUCAUCCUGAGCCUAAAUCUUGUAUCUUUGAGCAUAUUUACUUUGCGCUUCCUAAUUCCAUAGUCUACGGGAGGUCUGUGUACGAGUCUAGGCGUGCGUUCGGGGAAAUUCUAGCAACAGAAGCACCUGUAGAUUGCGAUGUGGUGAUCGCGGUUCCCGAUUCGGGUGUUGUGGCGGCGCUUGGUUAUGCUGCUAAAGCGGGUGUACCGUUUCAACAAGGUUUGAUUAGGUCACACUAUGUUGGUCGGACAUUUAUCGAGCCAUCGCAAAAGAUUAGGGAUUUCGGGGUGAAACUUAAGUUGUCGCCGGUCAGGGCAGUUUUGGAAGGGAAAAGAGUUGUGGUUGUGGAUGAUUCGAUCGUUAGAGGGACUACGAGUUCCAAGAUUGUGAGGUUGUUAAAGGAGGCGGGUGCAAAAGAGGUUCACAUGAGGAUUGCAAGCCCUCCAAUUAUAGCUUCGUGUUAUUAUGGAGUGGACACUCCGAGUUCGGAGGAGUUGAUAUCUAAUAGGAUGAGUGUGGAGGGGAUUAGGGAGUAUAUUGGAUCGGAUUCGCUAGCCUUUCUGCCAAUCGAGAGCUUGAAUAAGUUGUUGGGGAAAGAUUCAAACAGCUUUUGUUACGCUUGCUUUUCAGGGAAGUAUCCGGUUGAGCCCACGGGUAAAGUUAAAAGGAUUGGGGACUUUAUGGAUGAUGGAUUAAGUGGGGAUAUGGACUCCAUUGAUGGUGGUUGGCUACCAGGAAGUAGUAAGGUUCAGAAGACUAUCUUGAAUGAAGUUAGAACCAGCUAAAUUUUCCAUGUUGCUUUUAAGUUUUGCUUUGGAUUUUUAGUGCUUAACUAUAGAAAAUUAAAUGCUUUUUAAGUCUUCUCUUCUUCCCCCUCUAAGUCAUGCUGCUCUGUACCCUUCUAUUUGGGAUGUCACAUCAGAGUUUGCAGAUCUUUUCUUCCUUUUCCUUUUUGUCUCUCAUCUAUUUAUUUAUGCUAUUAAUAGACAAUAUCCAUAGAUCUGUCUAAAA